UACUGUAGUUCGCGACAGUGCGGUAUCAGUAUCCAUAAUUUUAUCAUGAAUCGUUCAUUUCUUGGAUGACACCUUAAAUUGAUUGAAUAUAACUGAAAAUGACAUUGUAUCAUUUUGGAAACUGCUUGGCGUUGGUAUACGUGCCAUACUACUUGACGUAUAAAUAUUCUGGCCUGUCAGAAUACGGUGCUUUCUGGAAAUGCAUCCAAGCGGGUGGUAUCUACAUCUUCACUCAACUUGUAAAAAUGCUAGCGCUUGCCACAUUUUUUCCUACAGCUGACAAUGUUGGAGAAGAAGGGUUCGAUGUGUUUGGAGAGUUUCUAAAGUCAUCUAUCGACUUAGCAGACCUGGUAGGAAUUCUGCUAGUACUGAAUGGUAUACCGGGAAAGGGCCAUGCCAAGGUAUUAACUGCUGGUAUAGGCUGGGCAGGAGCAGAGGUAUUGCUCACGAGGUUUUUGUUACUCUGGGUUGGAGCGCGUGGUGCUGAGUUCGAUUGGAAGUACAUCCAAAAGAGUCUCGAGUCAAAUAUAAACUUGGUUCAACAUAUAACGACCGCAACAUUGGUUUGGUUGUGGUCGAGGCACGAUUUACGACGUGGUUUAGUUCCCGUAGUGAUUAGUAUGCUCAUACUCACGGUGUACAGGCCGCUGGUGCUAGAUUUUCUUACGUCACUUUUGUUAGCUGGUCCAUGGUCAACGCUUAUUAUUAAGGCGAUCACUACCUUUGUCAUGGGUGCAACAACGCUGCAUAUUUAUGCAGGCCUUGCACAUUCAAUCGGAAUUUUCUGAGCGGUGUAUGUAUUUAUAUACGUAUUUUCUCGAUGUAUGUACAGUUGUGUUGAACAAUAUCCCCCAUUCCAUUCUCCAUCUUCAAUAAUUGUAUAUUGUGUAAUAAAUAAUAAUUUUAUUUA